AUGGUGUUGGUGGUGUUCUCCGAGUACAUGCGCGUCAUGCGGCGCCUUCAGGCAGAGUACCUGCUCGAGCCGGCGGGCUCCCACGGCGUCUGGGGCCUGGACGACUUCCACGCUCUCCCCUUCCUGUUCGGGUCCGCCCAGCUGGUGGGUCUCGAGGCCGAGGUGCCCACCAGCGAGGUGUACCACGAGGGGAUAGUGCGGCGAUACGCAGACCGCUUCCUGUACGUGGACGCCAUCCGCGCGGUGUUGGAGGCAAAGCGGGGCGCGCCCUUCCACGAGACGUCGCCGAUGCUCUACGACAUCACCGCCGUGCCAACGUGGCAGAAGACGCAUAACGGGCUCGUGCGGAUGUACCGGGCCGAGGUCCUCGGGAAGUUCCCGGUCAUCCAGCACUUUCUGUUCGGCCCCACGCUCCCGUGGCCCGGCGAUGAGCCUUGA